GGAUGUUGCGAGCUCUGGUCGUGCUGUCAGCCCUGUGCGGCGCCUUGGUGUCCGCCGAUGGAUUCGCCAAGAAAUACGGCUACUCCAAGGUGAUGGCCAACUGCUUCGGCGAAGACCAGUACUACAGCUGGUCGAAGGAGGUGUUCAGGGCCGUGAAGGAGUGCUACGGGGAGGAGGUGCAGCUCCCGAAGGGCCACGGGAAGGGGUCCUCGCUCGAGGAGGAGGAGGAGGAGGAGGACAUGGAUCCUUUGACCAGCUUGAGCAAGCUCGCAGGGCAGCCUCUGUACGUGUACUACCCUCCUCAGGCUCAGGCUCAGGCUCAGAGAUUCCCCUUCAACUUCCCCUACCAAGUCAUCUCUCAACGCCAGAAGCGCGAGGCCCCCCUGUACAGCGCUCCCAUCCUCAAGAAAAUGGUCCAAAAGGUCAAGGCGAAGGUCAGCAACUUCACCUGCGUCAUGAGGAAGAUGAACUACAUUGAUGACGACUUCAACCUUAAUUACGAGGCCGUCAACACCCUGAGAGAGCUCGACCUCAGUGAGGACCUGAAGGAGGACCUCGUGAAGGGAAUGGAGAAGUGCAAGGAACUCACGACGUGCCUCCCCCUCGAGAAGUCCGGCUCCCCGAUGCCCCUGAAGCUGCAGCGCAUCGUCGCCCUCAACAAGUGCUGGAAGAAGGCCCGCUUCGCCGUCUGCAUGAAGCACGACUUCAUGAAGUACCUCAGCGAGUUCGACCUCUCCGGGCUUCCCGCUGACGAAGACAGCGACGAAGGCUCGAAGGCCGAGAAGGUCAUCCACAUCCUCAUGGGCGUCGAGGAGAAGGACGACUUCCAGCUCUAUUAGUCGAGGACGAAGGGGAAAAGUUCAGGAUGCGCUGUCGCUUUUUCCGUGAUCGCUGACUUUUUUUUCUGCGUCAGCAGAGAAUUUGUAAGCGUUAAAGGAGUCAGAAAUGAACUGUCUGAUCUAGAGUAUGAGGUGUGGUUAUUCGUCACCACUUUCAUUAUGUGUUAGUGUACAU